AACAUGACAUACCAGGGCGCUCUCUCCAGUAUUCUCAUUCCAAGGAUGCUAGCUCUCCUCCUCCUCCCCACACUGGGCACGUACGCCCAGCUCCCUCCGCAUCUCGCUACCGCCUCUUCUGCCUUCACUGGCAAGCCCAACUUCCCUGCCAACUUGUUCGCAGAAUACUGGCCGGGAUAUGAGCCUACCCAGACGAAGUCUCAGGUCCAGCCUAAGGUCACUGAUCCCGUUUCGGGCGUCGUCUACCCUCUCGAGCUCACAGAUGCCAACACGAUCCCUGAUAACGACCUGACCGAUCCAUAUGUUCUUCCCCCCUCGCUGUUGCAAGCCGUCAUCACCGGCCCCCUGCCUGCCAACGCCUCUCUGUCCACUCCGGGGUCGUCGCAGCUCGCCUCCCAGGCUGUACAGAGCAUUAUGGACAUCAUCAAUGGCACUACGGGCGCGCUGAUUAACAAUACGUGCGGGCAGUGCUUGGCCGCGCUUGGGGUCGGAAAGGUUCUGGCUAAUACGGCGCCUUGGGAGAUCCCUGGUGUGCUUAUUGAGUUGUGCAACUUGUAUGGUUACGACAGCUAUGGCACCUGCGCGGAGAACUUUGGAAUCACCUCCGAUGGUGAUGUUGCUGCCCAGAUCUUGGCUCUUGCGGAUGUCACCGGACAGGACGGCGAGUAUAUAUGCGCGAUGUCAUUCAACUCCGCAUGCGACCUCCCCGCCGUCAACACCCUGGACAUGGACGGGUAUUUCUCCAAGCCCAAGCCUGCGAACGCCGUCGCUCCCCCUCCCUCCGGCGAACGCAUUCGUGUCCUUCACUUGUCCGACUUCCACCUCGACCCUCGGUACGCCACGCACGCAGAAGCAUCCUGCUCUCAGUACCUCUGCUGCCGCUCGUACUCAGACGCCAACUCCAGCCCGAACAAGACUGUUCUCCCUGCUCCUCGUUACGGUGCAUAUAGCUGCGAUACACCGUACGACCUCGCAGGUGUGGCGGUCGAGGCUAUCCCUGAGCUGGCGGGCGCGGGAAAGACGGGAAGGGAGUUCGAUUUCGCGAUCUUUACGGGGGAUCUUGUCAGCCAUGAUAAUGAUAACCAGCUGGGAAGGGCGUAUGUCGAGUAUGAGGAGACGUCCAUCUUCUCGAUGAUCAAGCACGCGAUCGGUGGCUCUCCCCUCUUCGCCGCACUGGGCAACCACGACUCCUGGCCUCAAGCCCUCAACUCACCUGUCACGCUCACGCCUUCCUACCUCGCUGACCAGUAUUCAUGGAACUACGAGCACAUCUCCUCCCUCUGGGCUAUGAAUGGGUGGAUCGACGACACUGCCAAAGCUUACGCUAGUGUGCAUUAUGGUGGAUAUGCGUAUACCACUUGGAGGGGGCUCAAGGUCAUCUCCUUCAACACGGAUUUCUGGUACACGGCCAACUGGUACAACUAUAUCAACACAUCUAACCCUGACAUCUCCGGCCAAUUCAGGUGGAUGACCGACGAACUCCAAAAGUCUGAAGACGCAGGCGAGCGCGUAUGGAUCAUCGGCCACGUCCCUCCCGGCUGGGACGCCUACAGCGCCAUCCCGAACCCUACGAACUUGUUCUACCAGAUUGUGGCUCGCUACUCUCCCCACGUCAUCGCCGAGAUAUUCUUUGGCCAUAACCACGAGGACGAGUUCGCGGUGUACUAUGAUAACAAUGCUACGAACCCUUCGGCGGCCACUGCCCUUGCGACGAGCUGGAUCGUGCCCUCCCUCACCCCGCUUACGAACCUGAACAGCGGGUUUAGGGCAUAUGACGUCGACCCGGUGACGUUUAACGUACUCGACUCGUACACCUGGAUCUCCAACAUCUCCGCCGCCGCCGCAGUGGAUAACCAGACUUCGCACGGAGCAGUCUACUCGUUCGAAUACUCCGCGCGCGAAGCGUACGGCGCGAACAUCCCCUGGCCCGCAACUGCCCCGCUAAACGCAACCUGGUGGCACCUCGUGACCGAGCAGUGGGAAUCCAACCCCUCCCUCGUCGAGAAGUUCACGACGUAUCAAGGGAAGAACUCAGUCAAGACUGGGAACUGUACGAGCCAGGCAUGCGUAGAGAGCAAGAUAUGCUACGCGAGGAGUGGGUCGUUCCCUAUCUCCGGGGCGUGCCCGUAUGGCUCCAAGUACGGGUCGGUGCAGUAGUCGCCCCCUCCCCUCCCCUACAUCUUUCCUGAGCCUAGCCUGAAAUUUA